CUGGCGGUUAAACUAUUCAGAACGUUUUUAAUUUUUGUAUUUAUUGAAAGUGUAAUUAAUUAAUGCAGAAAAUUAAUUUAAAACUACUUGAAUUUUGUUAACAAAGAAAAAAAACGAUUAAAAUAUAUAAAUGAAAUAGAAGAAAAUGAAUUGAAAAUAUACAAGUUAUAGAACAAAAGAAAGAAAAAAAAGAAAAUCCUAAGUAAAAAUUGACUCUUAUUAAAAAUACACAAACAAACAAUCAAAUAUAAACAUUUCCUUUGAAAUUUUUAAAUAAAAAUUGAGUAAAAAUUUCUACGAGUUCAAAUCAGAAAUUAAAAAGUGAGUGCAAAAAAAAAAAUUAAAAAAUACAAAACUUUCAAUUAAGUAUUACAAAUUGUUACCUAUAUGAUUAAAUUAACAGUAUAAAAAUAUAAAAAUAUAGAAAAUAUGGCUGAAGAAGAUUCAUCAAAUAAAAAAACAACAGCUGUUAUAUCUGAUUCAGCGUACUCAAACAGUUGCAGUAAUAGUCAAUCACAACGUAGUGGUAGUUCUAAAUCAAUUCUUAGCGGAUCGAAUUCAUCUGGUAGCAGUGGUUAUGGUGGUAAUAAUUCAUCAUCAAAUCAUCAUCAAGGGAAUAAUAAUAAAAAUAAUUCAAAAUCAAAUCAUCAUCAUCAUAUUUUAACAAAACAAAAGGAAAAAACACGUAAAAAGAAAAAAAUUAAGAGUAAUAAUUUUUCAUCUUCGACAUCAACAACAACACAGUCAAAUAAUGGUAACAAUAAUACAAGUACAAGUCAAAUAAAUACAUCAUCAACAUCAGAUAUAACAAAUAUAACUGACGAACAGCCAAAUGAUUUUGCUGCUGUAACAAAUAUUACACAAAAUUUACAAAAUAAUUGUAAUAAUACAAAUUUAAUUUUAAAUAAUCAAAUUCAAUUAUCUGAAAUCGAUAUUGAAAAAAAUGCAGAAUUACAACAGCAGCAGCAACAACAACAGCAACAACAACAGCAGCAACAGCAACCAAAUAAAUCUUAUCAUCAUAGUCAUCAUCAUCAUCAUCAUCAUCAUAGUAAUCACUAUCAUCAUUACAAUAACAAUAAUAAUCAGCAGCAGACACAGCAUUUACAAUUGCAACAGCAAUCGCAUCAAAAUCAUCAAUUAGCUAAAUUAUCACUCAAUAAUAAUGAUAGCGUCAAUUUAAAGACUGAAAAUAAAUUAAGUAGAGAUGAUGGUUUCUAUUGCUUAAUUUCGAUGCAAGAUGGUAUUGUAUUAUUUACAACAGCUGGUAUAACUGAAUUAUUAGGUUAUCCAAAAGAUAUGUGGUUGGGACGUUCAUUUAUUGAUUUUGUACAUCCAAAAGACCGUACAACAUUUGCAAAUCAAAUUGCAACUGGUAUUCCACUUGCAGAAAAUAAAGGAAACGUACAAAAAGAUUUUAAAUUAAAAUUAUGUGUUAUGCUAAGAAAAUAUAGAGGUUUAAAAUCAAUUGGGUUCGAUAUCAAAAGUAACGUAAUUCAAUACGAGCCAUUUUGCUUAAAUUUGACUUUUCGUGAUGCACCCGAUGAUACGUCACUUAUUGAAAACUCUAAAAUGUUGAACGGCAGUAGCAUGUUACUAGUUGUAAGCGCAACGAAUAUUAAAUCGGUUUAUAAACAACCAAAUGAGCAAUUAGCUUCAAAUUUAACAAAUUUAAAAUUUACUACUAAACAUACAGCAUCUGGGAUAAUAUCAAGUGUUGAUACAACCGCUGUACCAUUUCUUGGAUUUUUUCCACAAGAUUUGAUUGGUAAACAAAUAUUAGAUUAUUAUCAUUAUGCUGAUUUACCAUUACUUAAAAGUGUUUAUGAACAUUUCAUCAAAACUGAUCAAAUAUCUGGUAAGAAAUAUUCUAGUAAACCGUAUAGAUUUUUGGUACAAAAUGGAUGUUAUAUAAUAAUGGAAACCGAAUUUACAAGUUUCAUAAAUCCAUGGUCAAGAAAACUAGAAUUUAUAAUUGGUAGUCAUAGAGUUAUACAAGGACCAAAGAACUGUAAUGUUUUUGAGGUAUCUUCGUCAGCAACAAAUGAAAAUCAAAUGAGUUCUUUAGAUAAUAUGCGCAAAAGUAAUUUGAUAAAAGACGAAAUAUUACAACUUCUCUCAGAAUCAGUAGAACGUCCAUCAGAUACUAUUAAACAAGAAGUUUCAAAAAGAUGUAAAGCUCUUGCAUCAUUUAUGGAAAAUUUAAUGGAAGAAGUGACACAGAGUGCAGACUUAAAAAUUGAUUUGCCUCAAGAAGUUGACUUGACCAUGUCAGAACGUGGUUCUGUAAUGUUAGGUGAAAUAUCACCACAUCAUGAUUACUGUGACAGUAAAAGUUCUAGUGAAACACCACCGUCAUAUAAUCAGCUUAAUUAUAAUGAAAAUUUGAAACGAUUUUUUGAUAGUAAACCAACUACUGUCCCGCCAAAUGAUGUUUAUUCAAUUGGUACUACAGCAUUUAUUGAUGAAUUAAACAAGAGCGUUAGUCAAAAUAAUUCUUCAGUUAGUCCAGUACAUUAUUUCACUGAAAGUGGUGGUAGCAGAUCAUCUGAAAAUUUAACAUCGAUUAGUAAUAAUUACCAGAAUAAUCAAUUUGCAGAAGUUCAACAGAGACAACCUAAUUUACAACAGACAAAGCAACAAGAUUUUCAACAAGAUACUGAAAUGAUACAGCAAAUUGAUAAUCGUCAAGAUCAACAUCAAAAGCAUCUGCAAGAUUUACAAAAACAUCAAACAUUAGUUAUUGGGACUAAUGGAGGCACUUCAUUCGAACGAACACAGUUACCAAUUUUAACUGAAAUGUUACUUCAAAAACAUAACAAAGACAUGGAAGUAAAAAUGCUAAAAAAGCAUAAAGAGCUAAGAAAUCGUUCAUCUGGUGAUAAGUUAAAGAAAUCUCAUGACCAAAAUCAUGGCAUAAAACGCAGUGGCUCCUUUACAUGGGAAGAAGAAAUGCAUAAAACAACAAAACAUCACCACAAUGUAGAAAAUUCCAGAGAUUCUGUAGAUGUAACAAAUCUUAAAACAUUUGGAAAUUUUCAUUCCAGAACUGAAAAAGUUGCUGUUCAACCACUUUCCCAUGGGGUCGAUUUAUGGCCACCCUUUUCUGUAAGUCUUACAACAGUUCAAACGCCACACUUUUCCCGAGAUUAUUCAAGUUGCUUUGUAUCAUCGUCAGCAACAGGACUUUAUCCUUUGUAUUAUAUACCUACUAAUAUGGCCGGUACAAAAACAGUGGAUGGAAAUCAUUCACCAAAAUCGGUUUAUAUGACAGGUUUAAUGUAUGGUCAUCCACAAUUGUUUUAUGCGCAACCAAGUAUGAUAUAUCAGCCCGUCCCAUUACAAACAAUAUCGAAACUGUUCAAUUCAAAUAAUGAUAGGCCAUUGAAAGGAACACAAAUGUCUUCUCUUUCAUCACCUGUGACCAUUUCAGAUCAAAAUAAAAAUUGUGAGGCAAAAAGACAAAUUUCUUCACCAAAUUUCAAUAAAAAUUAUUUUGUUAAACAACAGCAGCAACAAAAAGAAAUUUAUAUGAAAGAGAAUUUAUUUAAUUCAUCUUCUCAAGAUAUCUCCUCUACUUCACUGGAAGAUGAUAUUGAAUUUCCAUUAGCAACUACAGCAACUACAACGAUCCAUAACACAGAAAAUAUAAGGCAUUGUAAGCGCCCGGAACCACCAUGGUUAAAUAAUGUUCGAAUAACUUCUGAAUUAAUAUAUAAAUAUCAUAUUAAACAACCUACUCAAUCAAAAGUUCUGGCCAAUGAUAUGAUUGCCUUAAAAUGUUUAAAUCAACCAAUUUUAGUUAAUAAUCAACUUGAUCAAUUGUAUAUAGAUCUUGAAUUGGAGGGAGUUUCAACCAAAUUAUGCUUGACUGAUACAACUUCUGGUAGCAGUGAAGAAGAGGAUGGAGUUUUAAAAAGAAAAUGUAAGAGUCUCGAAUUUGACAAAUUAACAAUGCUUUAUGAAGAAAAUUGCCCGUUACCUUCGCCAAAAUGUUAAAAACUAUUAAGCAAUAUUAUUUGCAUUUUUAAUUAUUUAAAAAGAAAAUUAUAUCUGUGAUAUUUUUACAUGACGUGAUAUAAACGGAAAUUUUAACAUUUUUUAUUGAACUUUUUGUAAAAUUUUAUGCUCUUUUAACAUAAAAUUAUGUAAAAAUACCACAGAUUUUAUAUUUAUAAGAAUAACGAAAUCAAAUAUAUAUUUCUAUUUUCUAUUUCUACUGCGCUAAAAUGUACCUAUAACUGUUUAAUUAUUAGUUGACACGUACCGUAUUAUAAAUUUACUAAGAACAAUAAAAUAAUCGCAGAGGUUUGUCAGACGUAUUAUUUUCACUUUAAAAGUGAUCUUUUAAAAACUUUAUUUUGUUAAUUAAUUUUUAAAAUAAUUUUAAUAAAAAAUUGUUUGAGAAAUCAAAAAUAUAAUUUAAAAAAUCUUUAGUUCAAUUAUGAUGCAAUUUAAUAAAUUAAUUUAUGAUUAUAUCGAGAUUUACAAUCGAUAAUUAUUGUAAUCAUGUAUUAGCCAACUUACAAAGAAAAAUUUAAACUCCCAACCCUAACGAAUAUAGGGAUUGUUAACAAGAAAGAUUAAAUUUUAACAAAAUUCACCUGUUACUUUUAUGCAACAUAUUUAUAAAAAAUACUUCUACGUAUUUUUUGAUAAAUUUAAGUACGCACAUGUACUAUUCAUAAUUUUUAAUAUUAUGAAACUUACAAGAAUCUCCAUGGCAUCCAAACAAGCAUUCGGGGAAAAAUUUGACUUGUUUUUUGUUAUAAAUCGUUUCAUAUUAUGUUUGUAUAUCCAAUAUCCAUGUUGUACAUAAUGUAUGUAUCUACAAAUUAACCAACAAUGCAAAUUGGGCUUUUCUUUUCACUUCUUUUAAAUAACAGUAAUUAGUAAAAAUUAAAUUUUAUAAAUUUUCUCCACUACCACAAAAUUAACAUAAUUUAGAAAUAAAAAAACUGAGCUGUUUUUAAUGUAUACAUUUACAUAUUCUAUUAGAAAUAGAUUUCUACCCAUUCUAAUAGAAAAUAGAUUUUAUAUAAUUUGAUUGGAAUUAAAAAUAUUUAAAUAAUUUUAUACUUAUGUAAUAUUUUAGUUAAAAGUUUACCUUUUCAAAAGUACCUCUUAAGAUUCAUUGAAAUAAAAAAAUAAUUUUUAUAAUUUUUAAUAGCGAGUAAAGAAGAAUAUUAAGUUUUUAUUAAUUUUAUAAUUACAUAUUAAAUACAUAAACAUAAUUAUAAUUGUAAUUCUGAUUAAAUGUAAAAGUAAGUAUGCAUAAAUUGUAUUUUUAUAAAAAAUCAUUGAAUAAUAAAAGGAUUAUAUUAUAAAUUUAA